GAAGCAAGGUGGCGAUGAGGGGUCUAGCACAAAUAGUAAAUGGAUAGCCUAUAGUGUAAUUUUGGGGCCACACAUUAACCAAUUGGUUUUUCAUACACUGACCUGUACAUAAAUUGCCCCUAUAUCCUAUUUUGUUAUUGACUACAUAUAGCUUUGGCUUUAAAGCAUGGUGAAUCCUGCCCUUCAUGCAUCUCUCAGAGCAUCCAUACACUUUAUUUUGCCUGCUCCUUCUAAUAUCAUGCAAUGGUGGCGACAGAGAGCUGCAGAAGUGAGAUUCACACAAUCUCUCUCUCCUCCAGGGCUACAUCCCGUUAUCUGGGCGGAGGGAGAGGAAGAGGAAGAGAGAGAGAGAGAGAGGAGACCAUAUCCACCACACUGCCUCUCUGUUCUCACCCACAACUCCAGAGACAGAUAUCCUGCAGAGAGGAGAGGAGAGGAGAGGAGAGGAGAGGAGGAUCUAUCAGAACAAAGAGGAAUACUACUGGAAAACGAGAUUAUAUGUUGCGUUUGUGCCGGUUUUUUGGACUCCUGCUUCCUGCUUCUUCUCCGCCUUGUUGCUCUCCAGGAUCUCUCAUCGUGGCUGCAGCUCCUCUUGUGUUGUUUAUCCACAACUCCUGCCUCCCUGUUUCCACCACAACAUAUAGGAGGUUUCAUUUCAUUUUUUGCUCUUGUUUAAACGGAAUGAAUGACAAAAACAAAGGAGGUUGAUGUCCAUAACUCUCCGGCUCACCUCGCCUUCGCCUCGCCCAAAGAACGGAGACUCCAUCUCCGGCAGAAGAUGGAAAGCGGAGGCGGGACGGAGCGCUCGGACAGCGGGCAACACGCGGUCUCACACCGGCCUGAAGCUGCUGCCGCUGCGGAGCUCUCUGCGGUGGUGUCCGAGAAGAAGAAGAAGAAGGUAAACCGAGCUCCGUCUCCGGCCAGACCGAAGGAUGUAGCCGGUUGGUCGCUCACCAAGAUCCGCGGAGGGAUUGGGACGCCGACGCUGAGCGUGAAGCCGGGAAAUAUCCACCUGGGGAGCCGCGUUUCAAGGCGCAGCUCCGGGGGAAGUGUUGCUGGAAAGGACGGUAAAGCGGAGAAGAGCGGCGGUGGUGGUGGUGGUGGUAAACAGGCAGGUAAAUCCUCUUCUUCUGCGUCGUCUAAAGCAGCCAAGGCGGCCAAGAGCACCAGGAAGGUGUCGGACGCCAGUAUUGGAUCCGAUGAUCUCUCCAAGGACUCCGGCUGCGCCACCGAGAAGCUCUCUCCGACCGACAGCAGCUCCGAGCUGUCGGACUGCGCCUCCGAGGAAAACAAGCUCUCCGCGGACGCUGUGAGCAGCGACGCCGAGUCGAGGAGCAGCCGAGGUGGUGGUGGUGGUGGGUUGGACGGAGACAAGCCGCUCAGGGAUGGUGUGUUGUCGGACAGAGCUGGCCAACACGCCGCCAACAAGACCACCUGCUCCUCCUCCGCGGAGAGGGACUACAAGGACCGGCUCUGCGUUGCCGUGGAGACCGGAGAAGGGAGCGUCUCCCCCGGCGAGGAGCGCUCGGUCACCUCGUAUGACAGCAGGGUGCCUGCCAGCACAUCACUGGCUUUCUCAGACCUCACAGAGGAGUUUAUGGACGGCAUGCAUGAGGAGUUUGUCCGGGAGAUAGAAGAGCUGAGAUCUGAGAAUGAUUACCUCAAAGAUGAGAUGGAGGAGUUGAGGUCUGAGAUGCUGGAGAUGAGGGACAUGUACAUGGAGGAUGACGUCUACCAGCUGCAGGACCUACGGCAACAACUGGAGCAGGCAAAUAAGACCUGCCGCAUCCUGCAGUACCGGCUGAGGAAGGCCGAGCGACGCUCUCUCCGCGUGGCCCAAACAGGGCAGGUGGACGGGGAACUGAUACGAACGCUGGAGCAAGAUGUCAAAGUGGCGAAGGACGUGUCCAUCCGUCUCCACAGCCAGCUGGACAGCGUGGAAAAGAAGAGGAGUCGUCUGGAGCAGGAGAACGAGGAGCUGAGGGUCCGACUGCAGGACCUGGAGGUCGCCAAACAGGUCCUGCAGCAGGAGAUUGACAAGAACUCCCAGAAGAAAAGAGGAGCACGACCCAACAACAAACCUGACAAGAAGCUCUGUCCACAGGAGGACAGUUCAGACCUGAAGUGUCAGCUCCACUUUGCCAAAGAGGAAUCAGCCCUGAUGUGCAAGAAGCUGACCAAGCUGGUGAAGGACUGCGACGCUAUGAAGGAGGAGCUGGCCAAGUUCAGGUCGCUGUACGGAGACGUCAACGCCUCGCUCACCGUGGAGGAGGUUAAUGACUCCCCCCACACUCGCGAGGCGGAGAUCCGAGUCCACCUGAAGCUGGUGGAGGAGGAGGCCAACCUGCUGAGUCGACGCAUCGUGGAGCUGGAGGUGGAGAACAGGGGGCUCCGAGCUGAGAUGGACGACAUGAAGGGACCACCAGAUGGUCCACAGGACCUUAUUGGUGUUGGUGGUCUUGGCCUAGGAGGAGUACUUGUGGGAGGGGCCUCGUCUGAAAACGUCAUGGAGCUCCAGAGACACCUCCAGUUCGUGGAGGAGGAGGCGGAGCUACUGAGGAGGUCUCUCAUCGAGAUGGAGGAACAGAACAAACUCCUGAUGAACGAGAUCAACCGCUAUAAAUCUGAUCUCCCGCCGCCAACGUCCACGCUGUCGUCCAAUUCAUUGGCGUCGCUGUCAGACGGGAUGCUCAACGACAGCCCCGUGCACUCCAUACAGGAAGGGGCGGUGCUUAUCAGCACAGACGCCCCGGCCCAGGACGAGGAGAUCAGACUGGCGAGGCUUCAGAUUGGAGAACUGAGCGGGAAGGUGAAGAAGCUGCAGUACGAGAACCGAGUGCUUCUGUCCAACCUGCAGCGCUGUGAUCUGGCCUCCUACCAUGCUCCUUCCUCGUCAUCCUCUUCCUCCUCGCUACGACUGUCUCUGGAGACUGACGCAGAGGCUGGAGACUCAGCGGAGUGCCUCCCAAGCCCGCCGCACCGCAAAGAGCCAGUAGGGGGUGAGACCGACGCCCUGGAGAUGAAGGAACGGAAAAAGAAGAUCGAGGACAACGCUGACGCAACAAACUCACUCCCCGGGUACCUGGGGCAGAAGGACCAUGAUGCCUUGCUGGCCAUGAGGGACCAGGCUCGCUUGGUUUCCACGGCGAUACAGCUCCUGACCUCCCCCGAGUCUAACUGCCUCUCCUCCUCCCCAUCCAUCUAUCACAAGGUCUGCAGCAACGAGGCAGCGGAGCCGUGUGACCUGGAGAAACCUCACAGCCAGAUCUCAGAGCUGUCUGACCUGGCGGACCGGCCCCUGGUUGGCGCUCUGACCAGCAGGCUCCAGGCCCUACACUCCCAGCUACAGGCCUUUGUGGAGCGGGUAGACAUUGUGGGUAAACCCACGGCAGCUGGGAGGGACCCUCAGGUGGAAGGAGCUUCUCCUCUGGCCUCACCCUGCGCCUCCAUGCUCUGCUCCGGAGACGAGCAGGAUGGACUGAACACUGCCGUGGAGAAGCAGCCUGAUUAUAGGGACCAAUCAGAGCUGGAGGUGAGAGGUCAAACUGAAGAGAACAGCCAAUCAGACAGCAAUGAGACCCAAGAGCAGGAAGGCAGCCAGCUGGAACCGGGAGAGAAGGAGACAGAUGAUGCAUCGCCCGUCCAGUCCGGUGACCUCCAGGCUCGGCUGUCCGAAGCGGAGGACUCGUCUCUCGGUACUCAGGGAGAGCUGGAGAAGGAGAGGCAGGCUCAGAGAGAAACAACUCUCCAACUCACACAGCUCCAGGAGGAGCACCAGAAGGCUCUGCUCCGUCGGGACUUCCAGCUGCAGAGUCUGGGCCUCCAGGCUCGGCUGCAGCAGAAGUUAUGGAGCCAGGAGAGGACUCUGCUGGUCCAGGAGUCUCAGCACCUCAAACAGGCGCUGUUACUGCUCAGCCUCAAACUACGCUGCUUCCUCAAACAGUGGAGGCUGGGCUGCAGGAAGGACACCGAGUGGAAAGACAUCUUGGAGAUGAACAGCCUGAAGGACCUCUACCUGCUUCUGGAGGAGGAGAACCUGACGAGCCCCGCCCACCAGUCCGACAAGAGGGCAGCUGCAGACGCACAACCUCUCAGCCCAACUAUCAAGUCUAGCGCCGUGAGCAGCACCUUGGCAGACCUGAAGGUGGCGCUGCAGGAUCUGAGUGGAGAGUUGCGACAGGAAAGACAAGGCUCCCAAGAACUCACCCAGCAGUUCGCAAAGGCCAAGGCAUCAUGGGAGGUGGAGAGGACCGAACUAAAGAGCCUCGUCACGCAGCUUGAGACCAAAGCAGGCAAAGCAGCAGCAGCAGCUCUGUCCGUCACUGAUGUACUGGAUCCUCCAGACCUGAAGGUGGCGCUGAAGAGGGAGCGUGAAGAACACCAGCACCUCCUGGCUGAUUCCUACGCAGCUGUGAUGGACCUAACUAAACAGCUUCAGAUCGGGGAGAGGAACUGGGGCAGAGAGAAGCUGGAGCUGCUGGAGAGGUUCAGCCAGGAGAGAGCCCAGUGGGAGCAGAGACUGGGAGAGGCCACUGCACUACAGGGGAAGUCAAAGUCAUUAGGCAGCGAUUCCUCUGCAGACACAGUCGUCCCUAAUGGAACAGGAUCACCAAGAACCAAGUCCACGUCAGACCUGGACGGCCCAGAAGUCAACGGAACAGCCAAUCAGGAGGAGAAGAUCCAGUUUGCGGUCCCAGAGCUGGGUGACCUCACCAGGAAGAAUUGGACCUACCUGACCAAUGAGACCCCAGAGGUUGGGGACAUGUGUAAAACCUGGGAUGGUCCCAGCGGCUCCUGCAGCAGUUUAGUGGGAUCAGAGCUGGAUCUGGAGUCUGUCCAGAGGAGCUACACUGCUCCAGACCGCACCGGCAUCCGGAUCUACUACAGCCCUCCUGCUGUGCGACGCAUGGAGCACCGAAGAAGGAGCCAGGAGGCCACAGAGCCACCGCAGGCCCAGAACGGGAGCUCUUCCCUGGGACUGAGUGGCUCGGACGUAGGCGUGGCUGCGGUGGAAACCCUUGAGGUUCAGCAGCAACAACCUCCAUCCUCCUUCUCGUCCUCGUACGAGCAGUGGCUGAGUUCGCUGUCCAAGCAGCACAGGGAGCUGCUGGAGAGCAGAAGUGGCUGUAUCGCCGGUUCAAUCCCCAGCAACGGCGUUGGUGGCUCAAUUGACGGGAUUGCGUCCUCCUCAGCUUUCCACGGCCUGGAGAUUGGGGAGAUUUCCGCCAACUUAAGUGACGACAUGAAGGAGAUGACCAACUGUGUCCGCCAGGCCAUACGCUCCUCCUCUCUGGAGAGGAAAUCCACCAAGGAACCUGGGAGUCAGAUGGUGGGCGUGUCCAACAGGUCCACGCAGACUGCUGCGCAGUACGUCAGCGUCGGGCUUCAAACCGACAACCUUCCCAGCAGCAGGGGGACGGGGUUACACUCCAAAGCCUGGUCUCCUCGCCCGUCAUCAACAGCUACUUCCUCCCUAGCGUCGGCCCGAACCCGGCAGAUAUCCACAUCCCUGGAUAAAGUUCACGGCCGCAUGGACAGGCCGUGCUGUUCGCCCAAGUAUGGAUCACCGAAACUACAACGCAGAGUGUCUUCUGGCUCCACCUCCAGACUGGAUGGGAGUACCUCCUCCAGGGACCGGAGCCUUUGGAGCCUCCAGCAGAGAUCCAUCGGUGGAGGAGGAGGCUCGGCCUGGGCUCGCUCCACCACCACCAGGGACAGCCCCGUCCUGAACGGCCUCACCGACGGCCUCUCCAGCCUCUUCAGCGUGGUGGAAAACUCUGGAAGCACAGAGUCGCUCUGGAGGGGUGACGGAGGAGCCAGCCAGGGUGCCAGUCCAGCACGGCAUCCUCCUGCCGCGGGGAAACCCUCCACUGUGACGGUCUGUGCACCUGACCCCGGCUCUCAGCGGUACGGAGGCCUGGUCCAGGAGUUCUUCAGGAAUGUCUGCAGCAGCCGUGCCCAGGGAGGAGUCCCUCUGCCUGGGGAGAGAACGCCAACCAACCUCGGAGGUCUGGGUCCCUUGGGGAGUUUUUGCAUCGUGGAUGAGCCCAAGCCAGAGUGCCUGUCAGCCGGGGUCGGAGGACUCGUAGCGCUGGCUGGAAGCAACGACAAUGUGACCAAGAUCGUCAACAAGAGGUUCAUGAGACAGACAGUCGGGGAGGAGAUGGUCAAUAUCCUGGGAGGAGGGAAAGAAACGAUGAACAACGCGGGGCCUGCAGGAUCUGGGACGGAGGAUGCACCUUGUGACUGUGCUGCCCAGUCUUCCUGCCCUGCCCGACCAUCAAGAGCAGCGGCUCGCCAUUCGCUCGGCCAGUGCAAGCACCGCUCACAGGAGUCUCUGGUGGCAACCGAGGAGAAGGGGGACACCUGCAACGAGUGACGACAUCUCUACUGCCACGCAACACACACACACACACACACACACGCUGAUUCUUCACAAACACUGUACACCACUGCCAUGAAAACACACUUUCUCACACAAAUUUACACACACACACCUACAUCCUGCCACACAGGUGCACUGCCAAACAUAACACACACACACACACACACACACACCGCUAGUCCUCUGCACAGACUGUCCCACAAACCCACUGCCACAUGCACACACUCAUAAAAACACACAGAACCGGGGCAAUAUUACACUUGUCUUGGACUGUACCACUCUGAUGCCAAGGACAGGGGGGGACCGAAACUCCGACACAGCAACA